AUGGUUUCUUUCUUUUUUCUUUCCUUUUUUCUUUUUUCUUUCCUUUUCUUUCUUUUCUUUCUUUCUUUCUUUCUUUCUUUCUUUCUUUCUUUCUUUCUUUCUUUUAGUUCGGUUAAUGGUUGUUUACCUUCUUCCUUUCCAAACUAUGUUAAUGACACUUCUCUCUAUAUUUCUUUCUUUCUUUCUUUCUUUGAAUUUUUCUUUACAACUACGGUAUUUUUCUUGAUUUCUUUCGUGAUGAUUUACUAUCAUUCUAAUUUCAAUGUUUUACUUUUCUUUGUUUCUUUAAUAAUUCCAAUUUCUAUUUUAUUUCUAAUUAGUUUCUUUUUUUCUUUCUAUUCGAUUUAUUACUCACUUUCUUUUCUUGCAUUGUAUCUAUCUCAAUCAAUUAAUAUCUAUCUAAAACUGUUCAUAUCUAUCUAUCUAUCUAUCUAUCUAUCUAUCUAUCUAUCUAUCUAUCUAUCUAUCUAUCUAUGUAUUGGAUUCUGUUCAUAUCUAUCUAUCUAUCUAUCUAUCUAUCUAUCUAUCUAUCUGAGUCUGUUCAGAUCGAAUCCUAUCUAUCUAUCUAUCGCUGCAUAUCGAUCUCUUUAUAUACUGAUCUAUCUAUCUAUCUAUCAAUCUAUCUAUCUAUGUAUUUGA